GUUGGCUUGCUCCUCUGCCUAUUUAUUUUUCAAAGCCAGAGUCAGAUCAAAGCAAAGACGUUCACGCUGAGUCGGAUCAAAGCUAAAAGAGGCAGCGAGCCAGCCAUCAGAUAUUGUCAUCCUCUUUGAUUUAAAUCAUUUCUUACUGUUUUUAUUUUCUCUGAUAUUUUCUCUCUCUCCAAACAAAGAUGGCCGAUCAGCUGACCGAUGACCAGAUCUCCGAGUUCAAGGAAGCUUUCAGCCUCUUCGAUAAGGACGGCGAUGGCUGCAUUACUACCAAGGAGCUUGGGACUGUGAUGCGUUCAUUGGGCCAAAACCCAACUGAGGCAGAACUCCAGGACAUGAUAAAUGAGGUCGAUGCUGAUGGGAAUGGUACCAUCGACUUCCCUGAGUUCCUCAACCUCAUGGCCCGCAAGAUGAAGGAUACUGAUUCUGAGGAGGAGCUCAAGGAAGCUUUCAGAGUUUUUGAUAAGGACCAGAAUGGCUUCAUUUCUGCCGCUGAGCUGCGCCAUGUCAUGACAAAUCUUGGGGAGAAGCUGACAGAUGAGGAAGUUGAUGAGAUGAUCCGUGAGGCUGAUGUGGAUGGUGAUGGUCAGAUCAACUACGAAGAAUUUGUGAAAGUCAUGAUGGCCAAGUGAGGUUUACUCACCUAAAACCUAAAAACCAAAUGCAUAAAAACAAAAAAAGAGAAACAGGGCAAAUAAGUUUGAUGAGAAUUCUAUUUCCCAAUUAGGACAUCUUCAUUUGGUGUUAUUAGCUUCAGCUGGGUUGUUUGUUCUGUUGUUUGCAUUAUUUUGUGGCGCGUUUCUUUAAUGUCUACUUGUUUGCUCUGUUUCUUGUCCAGUAGCUUGGCUUGUUAGCAUCAUCUCAUUGAUGUUUGGCAUUUUCUUUCUACCUUUGGUAUUAUGAACAUAGAACUUUUGGGAGAAUUGGAUGAUUUUGCUUAUGGGUGACUAAUUUUGUUAAUAUUCCAAA